AUGCUACUCCCAAUGAAGACACCGCAUCGAUGGUUUCUCACUGCGCCGCUACUGCUGUUGUGUUCGUAUCUCGCAACCGCGAGUGACACUGGCGAUGCAGAUGAUAAUGAUACUAGUUUCACCAGUGGCAUGGCUGCCCAAGUCCGAUUGCACGAUGGCAACACGAUGCCCGUGUUGGGAUUGGGAGUGGCCCUCACUGCCGAAGCGACGUAUUCCGCCGUCCAAUCCUCACUUGAAGUGGGAUACCGAUUGAUUGAUACGGCCGCCGAAGAGUCCUAUGGCAACGAAGAUGCGGUCGGGCAAGCGAUUCGAGACUACAUCCAUAAAGAAGAAACAACAACAAUCACACGAGACAAUGUCUUUGUGACGACCAAACUGUGGGAUUCGGAUCAUGGCUUUUACGAAACUCUAGAAGCAUUUGACGAAUCCUACGACACGUUGGAUCUUGGAACGAUGGAUUUGUAUCUCAUGCAUUCACCAUUUGGUGGGAGAUUGAUUGAAACAUGGGAUGCCAUGCUAUACGCUCAGUCGCAAGGACAUGUCAAAUCCAUUGGAGUGUCGAAUUUUGGCAUUCCCCAUUUGCAAGCCAUUCUCGAUAGUGGACGACCCUUGCCGGUCGUGAAUCAAAUUGAAAUGCAUCCACUGGUAUUCCGACGACGUGCGCCUCUCAUUGAAUGGUGUCAAAGACACAACGUGCAGAUACAAGCCUACGGAAGUCUCAUGCAUGGAUAUCCGGAAUGGUUGACCACACCGCAAUUGUUGGUCGACUUGGCACGGAAAUACGAUUCUUCAGAGCAACAACAAGUCACAACGGCACAAAUCCUCUUGAGAUGGGCCUUGCAGCAUGACUUUUUAAUCAUACCCAAGUCAUCGAAACGAAAACGCAUUGUGGAGAAUGCGCAAUUGUACAAUUUCUUUCUUUCAGAGGAAGACAUGAAGCUUCUGGAUGACUGGGGUGACAACGUCACACCUCAACAGGGAAACUUGUACAAGAUGGAUUGGAACUGGAAUCCCGUCGAUGAAGCAUCGGUUCAUUUAGGCCGAACAGACUAUUGGCCACACUAUGAAGGUGUCGUUUGGGAAGACCACGAAUACGACCACGAGGAACCAGAAGAAGGGGAUGACGUCUACGAGGAGAGCGACGAAGAUGAAAUCGACGGCGACGCGGCAACCCACAAUGAGCUAUAG